AGAAUUGUCCGAAACUAAAAAGUUUCACCUACAAGUCCAUGAUGAAACACAACUAACACCCUAAAAUCAAAUUUUAAUCAAUUAAUUAAAAAAUCAAGAACGUAAGUGAAAUUAAAAUUCAGCUGGUUCUGAUAAAAAAAGAAAAUCCGAUUUCAUUUUGGUGCCUGCUGUGUGAUCUUAGCUUAAUCAUAUAUCAUGGCCUCUAAUGGCGCUUCUACGCAGAGACCACUGGACGCCGACACCAGCUUGGAAAAGAUCAAACGGCAGUUAGCGUCCGGUUCUGGUCGGAAUUUGUUGCAGGGUCCACUUCUCAAGCGAUCUGAAACUUUAAGAAAAUGGAAUGAGAGAUGGAUGAUAUUGGACCCGACAACUGGAAAAAUGGAAUACAAAACUCGGAGAAAUGAACCAAUUGUAAAGGGAACUAUCAUCUUUGACGCAAAUAGCACGAUUACAAUUUCUCCUGUCAACUUCAAUGGGCUUCCAAAGUACGAUGGCUGCUGUAUCUACAUUGGCACACCACAAAAGAAAGAUUACUUCCUUUGUGCUGAGACUCCUGGUGCAGCUAGAGCAUGGGUGUCAACAUUACUUGCAACUCAGUUGGUUCUGAAGGCCCAUAAAGAGGCUGUUAAUUCCUUAAGUGGGAAUGGCUCUGCAAAAUUGGGGACAGUUGCAACUGUAGUUGCUGCAGCCAAUUCAACAGCCCUUGAAUGCUCCAAAGAAAUUGAAGCUGCGAUGCAGAUUUCUUUGAGAAAUGCUUUGGGAAUGGCGAAUAAUAAGACAACUGAUGGUCCAAUGGACGAUCUAGCAAUCAUGAAGGAGACGCUAAAAGUCAAGGAUGAGGAACUGCGGAAUUUAGCUCGAGAUAUCCGUGCUCGCGACUCAACAAUAACGGAGAUAGCUGAGAAACUAUCUGAGACAGCUGAAGCUGCUGAGGCUGCAGCAGCUGCAGCCCAUACAAUGGAUGAGCAAAGGAGAAUUGCUUGUGCUGAGAUGGUACGUUUAUCAAAAGCUUCACAGAAGCAGCUGGACUCAUCCUUGUUGAAGUUGAAAGAGUUUGAAGAGAAGGUUACCACUGUAAGCAAAGAAAGAGAUGAACUGAUCAAGCAGAGAGAUUCUGCUUUUGAGGAAGCACAUCUAUGGCGUUCUGAGCUUGCAAAAGCCAGAGAGCGUGCUGUGAUAUUAGAAGGAGCGGUUGUGCGAGCAGAGGAGAGAGUCCGGGUGGCAGAAGCAGAUGCUGAAGCUAGAAUGAAAGAAGCUUCACAGAAAGAGGCAGCUGCUGUGACUGAGAAGCAAGAGCUUCUCGCAUAUGUGAAUAUGUUGCAGGCUCAACUUCAAAGGCAACAUAUUGAUUCAAAGCAAGUAUUUGAGAAGACCGAGUCAUCAGAAGAGAAUGUGGACAAAGCUUGUUUGAGUGUUUCAAGGGUUACUCCAGCCUCUGGGGACAGUAUAGUGGACAUGGGAGUUGAUCAAGCAAAUUUCCAGCCAAUUGCAGAUACUGAAUGGAGUGACAUUCAGCCAACGGAGUCGAGAAUAGCUGACGUAAAAGAGAUUGCUUCAGAAACGGAAGGAAGCAGUUUGGAUAUUCCUGUUGUUAGCUCGCCUGUUAAUAAUUAUCUCGAGUCACAAGGUAACAAUUUUCAUCAGCCUUGAUGUUUGCUAUUAUACGUUCUAUAGAAGACGAAGAUUUGCACAUACACAGAACGGUAAGAAGCUAUUUGAAAUUACUUAACGAACAACCGUUUUCUUUGGUGUAUCCUUUUGUUGGCUGGCUGAUUGGGCAUUGUUGUUGUCAUUCGAUUGUGCUUUUGAUAGCGGACCAACUGAGUUUCCUUGAAUAUACGGUAAUGGCUUACUAAAACCACCCGAUUUAUAUUUGCGUAGAGAGCAUACACUAGACGUCAGAGUAUUCAAAUGUUGAUUGUAAAUUGUAGUUUGUUAUCCUGUUGGUGCUGAUUCCUGAUACAGUUUUUCUUGAUUUAA